AUGCUCUCGCGGGCCAAGCCGGCCGUGGGGGGCGCGCCGCCGCCGGGAGACCGGCGGAAAAAGAAAGGGAAGAAGGUGCCGCAGUUGGAGGAGCUCCUGGCCCUGCGGGACUUCACCGGCGCCAUCGCAUUGCUGGAGUUCAAGCGGCAAGUGGGGGAGCAGGAGGAGGACGGCGACCUGUGGAUCGGAUACUCCGCCUUCCACCUGGGCGACUACAAGAGAGCGCUGGAGGAAUAUGAAGCUUUGACCAAGAAACCAUCUUGCCAUCCUGAUGUUUGGGUGAACCUUGCCUGUACUUACUUUUUCCUAGGRAUGUAUACACAGGCUGAACAAGCAGCCUUGAAAGCACCUAAGAGUCGGCUCCAGAACCGUUUACUCUUUCACCUGGCCCAUAAGUUCAGCGAUGAGAAGAAGCUGAUGAGCUUUCACCAGAACCUGCAAGACGUCACGGAAGAUCAGCUUAGCCUGGCGUCUAUCCACUACAUGCGGUCCCAUUACCAAGAAGCUAUCGACAUCUAUAAACGCAUCCUCCUCGAUAAUCGGGAAUACCUGGCUCUGAACGUGUAUGUGGCCCUGUGCUAUUACAAGCUGGAUUACUACGACGUAUCCCAGGAGGUGCUCGCCGUUUACCUCCAGCAAGUCCCUGACAGCACCAUUGCUCUUAACCUGAAGGCUUGUAACCAUUUCCGCCUUUACAAUGGGAAGGCUGCCGAGGCAGAACUCAAGAGCUUGACAGAUAGUGCCUCAUCUUCUUUUGAGUUUGCCAAGGAGCUUAUUAAGCACAAUCUGGUUGUCUUCCGAGGAGGAGAAGGGGCUUUGCAGGUCCUGCCUCCUCUGGUUGAUGUUAUUCCUGAGGCCAGACUAAAUCUUGUCAUUUACUAUCUCCGACAAGAUGAUGUGCAGGAGGCUUAUAACCUGAUUAAGGACCUGGAACCUACAACUCCACAGGAGUACAUCCUCAAGGGAGUAGUAAAUGCAGCACUUGGACAAGAAAUAGGCUCGAGAGAUCAUCUGAAAAUUGCUCAGCAGUUCUUCCAGUUGGUGGGUGGAUCAGCCAGUGAAUGUGAUACCAUUCCAGGGAGACAGUGCAUGGCCUCCUGCUUCUUUCUGCUUAGACAGUUUGGUGAUGUCCUGAUUUACCUCAAUUCAGUCAAGAGUUACUUCUACAAUGAUGACACUUUCAACUUUAACUACGCCCAAGCCAAAGCUGCCAUGGGCAAUUCUAAUGAGGCUGAAGAGGUGUUCCUUUUGAUCCAGAGCGAGAAGAUAAAGAAUGAUUUUGUUUACCUUAGCUGGCUAGCCCGCUGCUAUAUUAUGAAUAAGAAACCACAGCUGGCCUGGAAACUCUAUUUGAAGAUGGAAACCUCAGGGGAAUCCUUUAGUCUUUUGCAGCUCAUUGCAAAUGAUUGCUACAAAAUGGGUCAGUUUUACUACUCAGCCAAAGCAUUUGAUGUUCUGGAGAGACUGGAUAGUAAUCCUGARUACUGGGAAGGCAAGAGAGGCGCUUGUGUGGGUGUCUUUCAAAUGAUCUUAGCUGGCCGAGAAGCAAAAGAGACUUUACGGGAAGUGGUGCAUCUUCUGAGGAGCACUGGUAAUCCCCAGGUAGAAUACAUUAUCCGCAUCAUGAAGAAGUGGGCCAAGGAGAACAGAGUCCCUGUCUAAGUCACUGUCACCAGAAGAACUGGGUACGUCUUGAGGACAGCAAGCAGGGUGACCCGCACAGCAGCUGAGCAGAGCGCGUACUGCAGUGAGACCGCAUAACAUUCAGCAGAGAAUUUUUUUUCAUUAAAGCUUUAUUUAAGAAGGAAAGGUAUUGAAUUCCUUCCUCCCUUCUGUAGAAUCCUACUGAUUCACUGAUCUCAAUUCCUCAUUCAAGAUUUCUCAAUUUUUUCAUAAUGUAAUUCCACCCAUCCACAAAUCAAAGCUUUCUUUAAAUGCUCCCCAGACUUUCUGCAUCAGUUACUGGAGGCCGGUGUUUUUUUCUGAAGUCUUCUGGCCUUCAGAAAAGAAUCAUUUGCUAAAUGACUGAGACAAAUCAGCUUCAGCAGAUGAUGGAAUGUGACAAGUAGAGAGGAGGAGGACUGUGAAAGCCAGUGCCAGGAUAUCAAAUAACAUGAGUAUUCCCUUCCUGAGGUAAAGUGAAAAUCAUCAUCUGCGCACUGUCCUUUUCUAGAUAAAUCUUAAUAACUUAAUCUAUCUUAUUUUUGUCUAGAAGGAUCUGCUCUCUCCUGCAAUUAAUUCUGAAGGUGAGAGUUAAUCAGCCUCAAAUGUCAAGCUCGAAAAUGGAUUUUUUUGCUUUCUACAUAGGUAACAAAGCGUGAUGACAUUUUUUUCAGAGCAUGGAAGACUGGGUUGUUCAGUCUCCCUUAAAGUUAGACCCUAAAACACUUAUCCAUGUUAAUAUAAUUAAUGUAAGUCCUUUAGUGUAGCAAUCUGAUGAAUAAACAAACUGUAUAUUUAAAAAAUAUUGAACAGUUUCCACUGUAGUUAAGAACGCAUCUAUUAUUUACUGUUGGUGACAAGUACUCCCGUUUGCUAAGGAGAACAGUUCAGUGAAUGCACCUUCUUAAAAGAAGGCAAUAGUUAUAACCUAGAAUUGUAUUAUAUGGUUUGCAAUGAGCAAUAUUUGUAUAUUACUUGUAAAAUGAAAA